UCGACCCACAGUCAUGGCUCUCUACAGGUUGAUCUGUGCCGCGGCUCUGCUCUCCCUCCUGACUCAAGAGUCUCAUUCACAACUAAAUGAGUGCGGUAAGCCUGCGCUCAACACCAGGAUCGUUGGAGGACAGGCGGCGCCUGAGGGCAGCUGGCCCUGGCAGGCCAGCCUGACUCGAUCAGGCAAUCACUUCUGUGGAGGGUCCCUCAUUAACAGUGAAUGGGUGCUGACUGCGGCUCACUGCUUCCCAAGUACCGGCACAGACAAACUGAUUGUGUAUCUGGGUCGCCUAAAUCUAGAAGUCGCCAACUCUAACGAGGUGUCGAGGACGGUUACACAGAUCAUCAAUCACCCUGCCUUCAACUCCAUUAAGAGCGACAAUGACAUCUGCCUCCUGAAGCUCUCCUCUCCGGUCAACUUCACCAACUACAUCGCUCCCGUGUGCCUGGCAGCCUCGGAGAGCACCUUCUUCAGCGGCACCGACUCCUGGGUCACCGGCUGGGGGGCCAUCGCAUCUCAAACUCCUCUUCCAUCCCCAAAAAGCCUCAUGGAGGUGGAGGUGCCCAUCGUGGGGAACAGGCAGUGCAAAUGUGACUAUCGAGUGAAUACAAUCACAGACAACAUGAUCUGCGCCGGGCUCCGGGCCGGAGGGAAGGACUCCUGUCAGGGGGACUCAGGCGGUCCGCUUGUGAGUAAGCAGGGCGGCCGCUGGAUCCAGGGCGGAGUUGUGAGUUUUGGGGAAGGUUGCGCCUUACCUAAUUUCCCAGGAGUCUACUCCAAAGUUUCCCGGUAUCAGGCCUGGAUCAACAGCCUAAUCACCAGCAACCAGCCGGGCUUCGUGACCUUCAUAUCCACAGGGACUGACAGCGACCUCAGCGUGUCCUGUCCCGGCCUGCCCCCCCUUCCAACCUCCACCCCUAUACCCCCACCAAAGGCCACUUCAAAGCUGCCAAACUCUGGAAAAACCACACCUCAACCUCCACCCACUGCUGUGUUCUGUGGCAAAGCCCCGAUGAAUUCACGUAUUGCUGGAGGAAGCUCGGUUGCGACGGCCGGCGAGUGGCCCUGGAUGGUGAGUCUGCAGAAGAACGGGAGUCAUGUGUGUGGCGGGACUCUGGUGGCCGAGGACGCCGUCUUGAGCAACGCCGAAUGCUUCACAAGUUCCCCCUCAGCGUCUGAUUGGACCGUUGUGUUGGGUCGGCUGAAACAGAACGGUUCCAACCCCUUUGAGGUGGAAAGGAACGUGUCAAACAUCACUCUGAGCACGAUGACGGGGUCUAAUGUAGCCGUGCUGCACCUGCACACCAAGCCCACCCUGUCCGACUACAUCCAGCCCAUCUGCAUGGACAAUGGACGGACCUUUUCCGUGGGAACGUCCUGCUGGGUUGCUGGUUGGAGCUCUGCGAAAGGAGGAGAAAAACAAGUCCUGCAGGAUUUUAAGACCUCUGUGGAAAAUUGUGGGAACGCGUCGUCGAGUGACAUUUUAUGUACCAGCACUUUUACACUGGAUCCAACUGACUCUGGCGGUCCGAUGAUGUGUAAGCAGGACGGCUCCUGGUUCCAGGCGGUGGUGCUCUCAGCUGAAAGCACUGCCAAUAAGACCAGAACAAAAGCAGCAGCAGUGAAGGAAAAUACAAAACUCAGCCGCUUCAAGAGCUUCCUGGCUUCAAAUGUGGGCUUCUUAUCUUCAGGCACCUCCAGCAACGCCACCGCUGCCCCCACGCUGCCCACCAACAGCGGGGGGAGCCCUGCUCUCUGCCCCCUCUUCUUCCUCCUCCAUCUCCUCAUCUUCUCCACCUGUCUCCGACUCUUUUUGUAGAAAAGCUCAAACUUUGUAAAUUGUGAUUUACAUGAUGUGGCGAUCACAAAUGAAUGUAAUCUUUAAUUAAUUAAUUACUUAAUUUAAGAGAAGAUUUAGCUCAAAGCUGCAUCUAUGACUUAAUUUUGUGAGCACUUGGCGUAGAGAGGUAGUUAAAUCAGACAUCCGGGGGGAAAUAACAACUUAAGGAGCUGCAAUAAGCACAGCAAUGCAAAAAUAAAUCCUAUCAGAGAGGCUAAUUUCUGUUUAAACAAUCCUUAUUCAACUGCAGGGUACAUGUUGCAGAAACCUCCUAUUUUAAGGAAGGAAAGGAAGAGUUAAACACUGUGUCCACACAGCGUCUCUUUCUGAGCGCCUUUUUUCAUUUAUGUCUGCUCUAGAAACCAACACUACUUUUCUCGUAAGUAAAGAAACGCACUGUAAAUAUAGAGAAAUAAUACCACACCUUUAUGAAAAAAUAUAUAAUGAAGAUGUAAAAACUCAGGGCACUAUAAGGUACAGGAUUGGUGGAUUAUUUUUUUCUUUUUCUUAGAGUUCCCAACCCUGAGGGUUUUACAUAAAGCAACAUUUUAAAUAUUUGUAAAGAAAUGUGUGCAUGUACAGAGAUACAUUUCUAAAAGAAAGUUAAAAAUAAACUUUUAAAUGUGAAUUACUUUGAAGGAGAUUAAUCUGAAGCCAGCUUCACUGCUCUAUCACAAAAUAAAACAUGUUUACAUUCAUUUUGUGAUCCUGUACGCUAACUGCUCCAGUCUAAAAAUGAAGAAUUGUUUGAGCUGCACUGAAAAACAGUCUAGUACGGUUUAUGAAGCUAUGGACCAUACGGCUAUAUGCACGUUUUUUUAUAAUUAUUUUUUUAAUCACUACAAUAAUGAAAUGUGUGAAAUCUUUGUAAUAUAUAAUCUUCUACGUACUGAGUAAUAUUUUGUGAGAACUUUAUAAUUGUUUAUCCUCAAAGUUACAUUUAUUAUGGAUCCAGAUAUAACACACAUGGCCUUCUUUUACAUCUUUUACAAAGACGUCAACUCCAACUGACGUAGAAGCAGAUGGUGUAUAUUGAUACAAUUGGACGGAUUAUUGAACAAAUGUAAGAUUUAAGGAACACUGAGAGCCCUUGUCUACCUCAUAAUAUCAUGGAGCUAACAUGUCAACAUCUAUAAAAAACAUUUGCUCUUAAAAUACUUCAGCUGCACUUUUCAUGGAUCAUAAGUCUGCCAAGUCUUGCCGUGGAUUACACAUGCUCUUUAACUGUGAAAUAAUUGUAAACAUUUUUUUGAUUUGAUGCGAUAAUGACCUUUUUGAAAUAUUUCUGUGUUUUCUUUACAAACAUCCUGAAGCAUAUUAAUAAUUCUCUUUAUUGUUUUGGUUCAUAUCGAGAUGAUUAAAUACAUAAUGAAAAUGUGUUGUGAGUUCAUCUCUCUGGUGCGCUACAUUUUCACUUAAUUAUAAAAAUAAAAAGAUUCUGAGCCCACCCGAGAAAACCACCAUUUACAGGUUGGGGUCAGUAAAAAAUGUGGAUAGAUAAAUUGUUGCCUAUAAUAGAUCAAUAAAUAAAUAAGGGUUUGAUGAAAGAGCAUGGUUAAAGGGGCCCUGUUAGGCUCCAAUAGAUGAGAGUAACA